AUGGCUUGCGGUUGCAAUUCUCAAAGUGUGUCUGUGCAUGUCUGUGCAUCAUCUAGAAUGCACUGGUAUAACUGCGUUGGCGUUGCUCUCUUCUUCCUGUUCUUCCUCCUGCUCUUCUCUGCACUGCUGCAGAGGCGACGAACUACCCCUAUGGCCGUUGGCAAUCAUUAUUGCUGUUGUCCGCAGGAGGCAAAGCGGCAAGAGGCCGAAGAGAAGGAAAGAGAGAAGGAGAAGGAGAAGCAGGAGAAGCAGCGCGAGAAGGAAGCCGAGGAGGAGCCUAUCACAUUGCCACAUGAGGCGAAAAGGAAACGUGCGGAAGAGGAAGAGGAGAGGAAGCGGAAGCAGAAGGAGCUCAUUGAAAAGGAAGCCGAUGCCGUCAAGCGCGCACGCCUGGCAGCACACCGCCCCCUCAACUCGUUUGAGGAGCGGCGGGUGCGACGACAGGUUCGCUCAGAGGUUCUUGGCGGCGGCGGGCUUCAAGUCGAUGAUGGGCAUAAGGAUGACUGGACGCAGCCGUUGAAGCCAGAGAUCAAAGCUCAGCUUGAUGACGCAGUGAAGUUUUUCUCUGACACCAUGCGCGUUCCUGCGGCUCUCAUCGGCUCAGCAGCUUUGGGCAUGUUGUUUUUGCCUCCCAAGAAGUUCGGCUGGUGCGGGGAUGUUGAGCCGCAGCCGGAGGUGUUUGAUUUCCUUUAUCGCGCUUAUGUGAUCCUGACUGCAGCCACCUUGUGCCUGGAGUUGACUGCAGUGUUGGAGACUUCUAACGCGCAUGUCCAGCUGCUGGAGUUGGGCCGGCAUGGCCUGGCAUUGGAGCCCACCGCAAUGGACCUGAUCAUGGCAAACCUUGAGUUUGAGUAUCUGGUGUGCAGCCUCAGCUUCCUUGGUGGAGUGGUGUGUUUCAUGCUGGCAACGAUGUGCCGUGUGUUGGUGGUCUUCAACUACACGCGCCGGUCACUGCCCCGAGAGCCUGAGCUAUGCUUCGUCGUUGCCACCAUGAUGUUCCUGCUCCUCCUGGUUGCGCGCUUCCGAAGUGGUGAGAUGGGAAUCAUGGGCUAUGUGGCGCUUCUGGUCAGCUUUAUCAGCCUGGGAGCCGCAGGCCGCCUCAUGAAGAUGGAGUACCGCAAGUUCCUGGGCCGGGCUCCGGCGAAAGAGGAUGAUCCCGCA